AAAAGAAGCAAAAAACGCUCGCAACUUUUCUCAAUUAUCAGUUGUAAUUGAAUCUUUCGGUUGCAAUGGCCGACGAUAAUCUUGGCCAGGGCCAGGGCCAAAUUAACGCCAAGCGUGCACGCAUCGCUGUCACCUCAAAGAUUGCCAAACCAGUCGAAGCAAAGGGCUCCAAUCGGGUGCCCAAAUGUGCCCGUUGCAGAAAUCACGGCAUCAUCUCCGAGCUGCGAGGCCACAAGAAACUGUGCACCUACAAGAGCUGCAAGUGCGCCAAGUGUGUCCUCAUCUUCGAGAGGCAACGCAUUAUGGCUGCCCAGGUUGCCCUGAAGCGUCAGCAGGCGGUGGAGGAUGCGAUUGCAUUGCGCCUGGUGGCCAAUAAGACGGGUCGCAAAAUCGAUGCACUGCCGCCGGGCAGCAUUUUUGGUUUAACAGUGACACAGCCCAAGGAGCAAGAACAGCAACUGCAGCCAGCGGCGGCAAACGCAGAUGUUUCGCAGGAGGAGCCGCUGGAGGAGGAGUCGCCGCUGGCGGCACAGGCGCAACUGGAGCCGGAGGCAUUGGUUGUGCCACAGGAUCUGAGUGGCAAGCGACGCGAGCAGGUCUCCCAAACGGCCAUCGAUAUGUUGGCGCAACUGUUUCCACAGCGCAAACGAUCCGUGCUGGAGCUGGUGCUCAAGCGUUGCGACUUGGAUCUGAUACGCGCCAUCGAGAAUGUUUCGCCGCCGGCUGAGCAGCCAUCCGUUGAGCAGCUCCUGCAGCAGCAGCAGCAGCAGCAACAGUUGUUGCAGCCACCGCUGACGCCAACGGCGCCUGCAACGCUGCCCCAAUCCUUGCAGCUAGCUUGGCCGGCACGCAGCAGCGCCUUCAGGCCAGUCAUCGCGGAGCAGUUUGCCGGCAAAUCUUCGACGAUUUGCGCGUACCCCAAGUGGUUUGUGCCCCUGUCCUUUCCGGUCACCAUGGGCCACCUGUCCAAUCUGGCGCCGCGCUGCACACUGCCCAACUGCAACUGCCUGGAGAGCUAUCAGUUUCAUUAGCAACCCUUUCCUU